AUGGCUCAAACUACUGGACUUCAAGCUAAUGGAAACAACAAUCCUAAGGAAGGUGUAAAGUCUCCUUAUAUGUCAAAUGAUCCUAAUUCCAAUGUUGCUAACUUUAAGAUCAUUGAAUCCACUUUAAGAGAGGGUGAACAAUUCGCAAAUGCUUUCUUUACUACUGAAAAGAAAAUUGAAAUUGCUAAAGCACUUGAUCAAAUCGGUGUUGAUUAUCUAGAAUUAACUUCACCUGCUGCAUCUGAACAAUCUCGUAAUGAUUGUAAAGUGAUAUCCAGUCUUGGAUUGAAGGCAAAGAUUUUAACUCAUAUUCGUUGUCAUAUGGAUGAUGCCAAGUUAGCUAUUGAUACUGGUGUUGACGGUCUUGAUGUCGUUAUUGGUACUUCAAGUUUCCUUCGUGAAUUCUCUCAUGGUAAAGAUAUGGAUUAUAUUACCAAGCAAGCCAUUGAAGUCAUCACCUACAUUAAGAGUCAAGGUCUUGAAGUUCGUUUCUCUACUGAAGAUUCCUUCCGUUCUGAUCUUGUAGAUCUUUUGAGCAUUUAUAAGGCCGUAGAUAAGAUUGGUGUAAACCGUGUUGGUAUUGCUGACACAGUAGGUUGUGCUAAUCCUCGUCAAGUAUAUGAACUUGUCAAGACCUUAAGAAGUGUAGUUAGCUGUGAUAUUGAAUGUCAUUUCCAUAAUGAUACUGGUUGUGCUAUUGCGAAUGCUUAUGCUGCCUUGGAAGCAGGUGCUACUCAUAUUGAUACUUCUGUCCUUGGUAUCGGUGAACGUAAUGGUAUUACUCCCUUAGGUGGUUUCUUGGCUAGAAUGUAUACUGGUGAUAAGGAAUACGUCAAGACAAAGUACAAUUUAACCAAGAUUCGUGAAGUGGAAAACAUUAUAGCUGAUGCAGUUGAAGUGACUGUUCCCUUUAAUAAUUAUAUCACUGGUUAUUGUGCAUUCACUCAUAAGGCUGGUAUUCAUGCCAAGGCUAUCUUGAACAAUCCUUCUACAUACGAAAUCUUGAAUCCUACUGAUUUCGGUAUGACUCGCUAUGUCAGUAUUGGCCAUCGCUUAACAGGUUGGAAUGCUGUAAAGAAUCGUGUAGAACAACUCAAUUUAGAUUUAACGGAUGAAGAUGCCAAAGCGGUUACUGCCAAGAUCAAAGAAUUAGCUGAUGUACGACCUCUUUCUUUGGAUGAUGUUGAUGUUUUACUUCGCUCUUAUCAUAAAGCUAAAGCUGCUGGUAGUCAUACUAUCUUUUUGGACACAAUUGAAAAGCCUGAACAAAUUGCUACUAUCGUUGCUCAAGCAUCUGCAUAA